UAUCUGUAACAGAAUGGUUUCAUACCUUGAAAGCCCUAGUAUUUUUAUCUUCUGAAUAUGAUUAUGAAAUUCUUAUCUUUGGAAUUGUUUAACCUACACCGCUCGGUUUUGGGUAUGAAUAGUAUUUUGUGAUAAGCAUCAUUUCGCUUUGGCGUAUGAACGUCUAAUUCUAGGAGUCAUAUUAGUAUUCUUUCUCAUCCCGUGCAAAGAUGGUUAUUCGGAAACUGUACGUUCCUCCUGCAGUGAGCAAACAUGCCACAAAACCUGUUCAACUAGUAGUAAUUUCCUUUCUGAAACCUCCGGUUGUUCAUGAACAGGCGACAGCUUACGCUUUACCUGAAACUGUUCCGGAUCCAACGCCCGUAUCGACGAGUCAUGUGAAUGAAGUAGAAGCAGAUGAUGUAAUAGUGCAAAUCGUUCCUGGUAAAAUUCGUGGCGUUAAGCAAGUGCUGCCCAAUGGAAAGAAUUACUUCCGUUUUAGUGGUGUGCCUUAUGCCAAACCACCUGUUGGUGAUUUAAGAUUCAAGCCACCGGUGCCAGUGGAAAAAUUUGACCAUGAAGUAUUGGAUUGUCAGAAGGAAGGUAGCAACUGCUACAGUUCCACGUACUACCCACCAGAAGCUGAAGAGUUUGCGUCGGAAGAUUGUUUGUUUUUGAAUGUGUACACUCCAAAACUACCGGAAAGUGGGGAUGACGUGAAUUUGCCAGUUAUGCUGUGGAUUCACGGUGGCGGCUUCAAUCUUGGCAGUGGAGAUGCUGCUGUUUAUGGUCCCGAGUUUUUACUGCAAGAGGAAGUCGUUCUCGUGACGUGCAAUUACAGGUUGGGACCCAUGGGAUUUUUAUGUCUACCAUCUGUUGGAAUUCACGGCAACAUGGGGUUGAAAGAUCAGCGACUGGUGUUAAAGUGGGUUAACGAAAAUGUUGGUAGAUUUGGAGGAGAUCCAAAUAAUGUUACACUUUUUGGAGAAAGCGCUGGGGGAGCUGCAGUGCAUUUGAAUUAUCUCGCGGACACUUCGAGACAAUACUUCCAUAAGGCAAUCUGCAUGUCUGGCGUCUCUUAUAACCCAUGGGUCUUGCAGAGUAAUCCUGAAGCGAAGGCACGAAAACUAGCGGAGCUUUUAGGUGCCGGUUCUGUGAGCGACGAUGAUGUCUAUCGUGCGUUAAUGAAAGCUUCUGCCAAGGAUCUUCUGCAGCAUUCACCAGAUGUUCUCAGCGAGGAUGAAAAACGAACUAGCAAGUUCUUUGCCUUUACGCCAGUAAUCGAAUCGGAGUGCUCGGUGGAACCAUUUUUACAGGAAAAUUUUAUCAGUUUGAUGAUGAAGCCUAACAUGACUAAAAUUCCAAUGAUGACUGGCGUCACUUCCAGUGAAGGUAUGCUGGUUGCUGCUCAAAUGUUGAAAGACAUCGAACUGUAUGCUGCGGAUCCAACCAUGAUGGUACCACUAGAGUUGCCACUAGAUGCAGAUCGUUUGAUAGAAGCAGCUGGUGAAAUAAAACGAUUCUUCUUUGGAGAUAAUGAUAUCACUGCGGAUCGCUUGUCUACUUUAGUUGAUAUCAUGUCUGAUAAUAUGUUCGUUAUGGCAGCCUAUGUAGCCAGCGAACUUCACGCACGUUAUCAAAAUGAGGCGCCGCUAUACUUUUAUCUGGACUCAUUUUCUGGAAAACUGAAUAAAUAUCGCGACCUGUUCGUAGUGCCGGAACAUCUCGAGGGCGUUUGCCACGCGGAUGAGCUGCUGUAUCUGUUCAGCUCGACGUGGAUGGGGACCGACGUUGAGCAAGGCUCCCGGGAGGAUAAGUUCCGAGCGGUCAUGUGCAAGCUGUGGACCAACUUUGCCAAAUUUGGCAACCCUACGCCGAUUGACGGGGGACUUGAUUUUGUUUGGGAACCAGUCAAGCCGACAAGUGAUUUACAGUUUGUGCUGAACGCAGCGGAAUUGAACGAUGAAUUGAAGAUGGUGGAGAAUCCCUUUUUGGAAAGAGUUCAGUUCUGGCGCGAAAUUUUUGCACGCUAUUAUGGCAGUUUCUUGAUGAAUGAAGGUGUUGGCGGUAAAACUUAUAAUGCCUAAUUGUAACAUUGUUAGUUUAAAAACAAAACAAUAAAGGAAUCCAA